UCCUACGGCACACCCGACGCCAAACCCGACGCACAGUCCGACGCCACACCCGACGCCAAGCCCGACGCCGUUUCCGACGCCAAGCCCCACGGCAAGCCCAACGCCGUCUCCGACACAGUAUCCAACGCCAAGCCCGACGCCAAGCCCGACGCCAAGCCCGACGCCGAGCCCGACGCCAUCUCCGACGGCAAGCCCGACGGCAAGCCCGACGCUGUCUCCUACGCAGUAUCCAACGCCGAGCCCGACGGCAAACCCGACGGCAAGUCCCACGCGGACUCCGACGUCUGCGCCCACCUAUCCCCCGCUCGGGGACGUGCAUGCAUCAGGAAUUUGUAG